CUGAGGACGGGGUUGAGAGAAAAGGGAGAGAAUUGGGGAGGAUGGAGAGCGUGUUGGAGCCAAGAACCUAAGCGUUUGGCUUUUCUUCUCCCUGAGACUGAUGCACUGAGUUUCUGAAGGUGCUUCCUACGUGGUUGGGAACUAGUGCAUAUAUGUGAGAGGGGAUACUGAUCUGAGGGACAACAGAGCUGACCAUGGCUGAACCCCAACAGGAUGUGAGCGAGAAGCCAGCGGGUGAAUAUAAACAAGGUUUGGAUCCACAGCUGCCUACCAACCCAGGGGAUGGCAGACCUGAGAACACCUGCGUAGAGCUGGUGCUGAAAGUCAGAAUUCAGAGUCCCAGAGAAAAUGACUUCAUUGAAGUUGAACUGAACAGAGAAGAGCUGAGUUACCAGAAUCUACUAAAAGUCAGUUGCUGUGAACUGGGGAUUGAACCAGAGCAAGUGAAGACCAUCAGAAAGCUACCAAACACACUGCUCAGGAAGGACAAAGACAUUCUAAGACUACGGGACUUUCAGGAAAUAGAACUCAUUUUAAUGAAAAAUGGAAGCUCUGAAUUAGAAGAAUACACACCAUCCCUGAUAGAGAAGCCCUGCUACAACAGCAAUGCCGCAAAACUAACCUAUUAGAAAAAUUCUGGAAAUGAAACACUGGAAUCCGUAUUUUGUAAAUAACCAAGUGGGAAUGCACGUACCGGUUUGCUAACUUCAUCUGUAUACUUUGGAAAAUUGUUCCCUUGAUUCAGACUUCUCUGGGCAGGGAGAAAUUUCAAAGUGCUUUGACAGAGCUUUUUUUUUUUUUUUUAACUGUAUAGUAUGAUACUUAUCCCAAGUUUAUUUUGUAGAGUUGUACCUCAAUCCUGAUCAGGCAUAGGUAUUUACUACUAAGGUUCAGUCAGGAUGAAUAGCUGAGGUCUGUUCGUGUGAACUGCCCCAGGGCAGGGUAAGCUGAUAGAGCUGGGAAAGCCAAGACCCCCUCGUUCAAUCGGUGCUCCACUUUAAAAAAGAUUUUUAGUAAUCUCUAUACCCAAUGUGGGGCUCAAACUCACAACCUUGAGAUCGAUUCACAGGAUCCUCCCACCUUGAGCCAGCCAGGCAACACCCCUCCCAGCCCCCACUGGUGCUCCAUUUUUAAAAGCAUGUCACACCACCGGGGCACCUGGGUGCUACAGUCAGUUAAGUGUCCAACUCUUGGUUUUAGUUGAGGUCAGGUCAGGGUCCUGGGAUUGAGCCCCAUAUUGGGCUCUAGGCUGUGUGGAGUCUUAAGAUUCUCCUCUACGUCUGUCCCUCCCAAGCUCACUCUAAAAUAAAAAAUAUCUUAAGGAAAAAAUUUAAAAAGCAUGUCCCACAUACCACGUAAUUUCCUUACACUUUUAAACUGGCCUAUAAAAUAGCAGGACUUAAUAUGACUUGAGUUACCACUGAGGCCAUUUUUAACAUACAACUUGUAGAACAGCCAAGAUACAGCUCACAGCACUAAACUCUGCUAAUCAGAUAAAAGAAAACAAAGUUGGCACCCUUACCAACAACUACCUCAAAGCUAGACUCCUCCUACCAUAAUACCCAGAAUCCUUCUGGGUCCACUAGCCCAAACUUCUAGUUAAGAACUGCUGGAAUUGGGGCAGCCCAGGUGGCUCAGCGGUUUAGCGCCGCCUUCAGCCCAGGGUGUGAUCCUAGAGACCUGGGAUCGAGUCCUACAUCGGCUCCCUGCAUGGAGCUUGCUUCUUCCUCUGCCUCUCUCUCAUGAAUAAAUACAAAUCUUAAAAAAAAAAAAAAAAAAAAAAAACCUCUGGAAUAGGGGGCACCUGGGUGGCUCAGUUGGUUAAGCAUCUGAUUUUAGCUCAGGUCAUGAUCUUGGUGCCCAGCGGUGGGCUCCCUGCUCAGCGGGGGUUCUGCUUGUCCCUCUCCCUGUGCCCCUUGCUGCUCAU